AUGUCCAGCAAGCGGCCGAAUUUCCUCGUCAUCGUCGCCGACGACCUGGGCUUCUCAGAUGUGGGCUGCUUCGGUGGUGAGAUCCGAACACCCAACAUCGACAGACUCGCGAAGAAUGGCGUCCGCCAUACCGGCUUCCAUGCAGCAGCAGCGUGCUCGCCCACCCGUGCAAUGAUAAUGACAGGCACAGAUCACCAUAUCGCCGGUCUCGGUAACCUUGUUGAAUUCACAAACUAUACCGGCUGGUCCGAUUUCAACGAUGAUCCAACCCAGAAGAAUUACGAUGCGAAGCCACAGCGAGGCAUGCCCGGAUACGAAGGUUAUCUAAAUGAGCGCGUCGCGACUCUCCCCGAAAUCCUCCGUUCGGAAGGCUACCACACUCUCAUGGCAGGAAAAUGGCACUUGGGUCUCAUUCCAGAACGCUCCCCCCACGCACGCGGCUUUAUACGAUCAUACGCCCUUCUACCUGGGAGUAGCAACCACUUCGCAUACCAGCCUGAGGAAGAAAUUCGAGACGGCCUCCCACAAUUCCUUUCCACGGGCGUUAUAGCCCUGCAUAUGGAAGACAACGCCUACGUCAACACCCUGCCAGAGGACUUCUACUCAUCCAACGCGUAUGGCGAUAAAAUGCUACAAUAUCUUUCGGAAUGGCACACCCAAAAGCAAACACGCGACGCCGAAACGGACGCCAACGCCCCGUUCUUCGCAUACCUGGCAUUUUCCGCGCCCCACUGGCCUCUUCAAGCGCCGAAAGAGUUCAUCGACCACUACCGCGGCGCGUAUGACGAAGGCCCAGAUGUCCUUCGACGGAAACGGCUCGAUAAGCUUGUUGAGCUGGGCUUGAUUGAGCACGGCGUCGAACCGCACCCAGUAGUUGCGCCAGACGAGAUCCAAGGCUGGGAUGAGAUGUCUGAUUUCGAGCGCAAAAUGUCCGCUAGGGCGAUGGAGGCGUACGCCGGUAUGGUCGAAUGUCUCGACCACAACAUCGGCAAAGUGAUCGACUACCUUAGCUCGAUCGACGAGCUACACAAUACAUUCGUCAUGUUCAUGAGUGACAAUGGCGCCGAAGGAGCGGCGUACGAGGCAUAUCCGAUGGUUCGAGGACCUCUACUCGACCACAUCAGGAAGUGCUACGACAACAGUCUCGAUAACAUUGGGGCAGGCUCUUCGUUCGUCUGGUACGGCCCGCGCUGGGCACAAGCGGCCACCGCACCGUCACGCCUGUACAAGCUCUACACGACUGAAGGCGGCGUUCGGGUUCCAUGUGUCUCGACGUUUCCAAUAUUCCCAGGCGGCGUGAAGCACGAAUUCGCAACGGUGAUGGACAUUGCCCCGACGAUCCUGGAUAUGGCUGGCGUGAAGCAUCCUGCGCCGGAAUUCCAAGGGCGCGAAAUCACUCCGAUGCGUGGAACGAGCAUGGUACCCUGGCUCAAGAACGAACAACCAAGCGUACAUCCGCCGGACUUCGUGCAAGGCUGGGAACUCUGCGGGCGCGCAGCGAUUCGGAAAGCGAACUGGAAGGCCGUCUUCAUCCCCAAACCAAAAGGCCCCGGGACAUGGCAGUUGUACAAUCUGUCGAGAGACCCUGGUGAGAUUCACGAUCUUGCUGACCUAAACCCGUCCAAAUUGGAGGAGCUGCUGGUCCAUUGGGAUGACUAUGUGAGAGAGUGCGGCGUGAUUCCCCUGCAGCCCGAGCUCGGAGCAUAUCUGGAUGCCACGGAAGAGCAGAUGCCGGAAAGCGCCUGGUUGGAGUAUGAGUUCUGGAAGCCCGGUGCGCUUGUCGACCGCGAAAAGUUCUUCCAGAAGCCAAAGCGAUUCCCUUCGAGGCAGUACCCGAACGGAAUCGCUGCAGCUUGA